CGCGCCUGUGGUGCGGCAUCUACCGGCGAUUUUUGUAUUUCAAGUGACCACUUAAACAUACAGGCAACCCUUCAGCGAAUGCAGCCGACCAUCACGACACACGUUAGCGUUAGAAAUCAACCAAUUUCAGCUACAGCUGCCAAUCCUUCUGCAUGCUCAAGCGCUAGGUGACAACCUACCUACCUAGACGAGGCCACCCACAGGCAUCAUACUCCGUAGCCUGAGCCUAAAAACCGGGAACUGUCCCUUACUGCGUAGGGGAUUUAUUAUCGUCAUGAACUGCACAGCCAUCGAGGGCCUUUCAGUGCAGUCUGAUGCUCAGUGUUGGAACCCAAAUCAUGUUCCAGGCCGGGGGUACUGACCAGCGGCCCCCCGGUCAGGGCGGUUGAUCCGUCGACACAUUUCCGGGUUAUGACGCCGUUACAGCCAGUCAGCUGCCCGUUCUACCAGCCCGCAAGGCACUUCAUACUCCCCCGGCCACGCCGCUAGAGCGUUCAUUGCCAGUCACACAGGUGAUUAGCUGAGUUGAGAGUUCGUCAUGGAUAUCAGGUUUCAGCAGUCGUAGACCAGAUGAGAAUACAUCGGAUGGACCAUCCCAACUCCCAGCUCGACACACUGCGAGUAAGGGAUGGUUUUGAGGCGGUUUCUAAACUUAUAAGAAACAUUGGAUACCUAUGCAGCAAAAUGCAGCCAUUGACUUUUGACAGGUGCGCUUACCAGAGCUGGCGGGAGCCAUGGAUGCUGUCUGCGGAAUCUGAAGCAAUGCCCCGCAUCACGCAGACCGCUGCGGGGCAAAAUUUUGCUGGCGACUUUUUGCCCCUCUUUCCGAUGCUCGGCGUUCGAGCCAAAGUGUCUCUAUUGACUGCUGUGACUCGACCCUUUCUUUCCAACUGCUUGUUGUAUACAGUUGACUUGUAGCUGUGUGUGUGUCCUGCCCACUACCCGGCAACCAACCGUCAUCUUCGUCAUUUCUAAAAGCGCCCCCCCUAUCGCCGUCCCAGCAUGUCCAACGGUGUCGUUGCCAAUGGCGCUUCUGCCGACCAGACUCACACUGCGUCGCAGCGCUACCUGAGCACCCGUGGUGAAGACAGCGGCUUCUCCUUUGAAGAGGUCGUCCUCAAGGGCCUUGCCUCCGACGGUGGUCUAUACAUUCCCGAAGCCAUUCCCUCCGCCGAGAACUGGGAAUCCUGGAAGGAUCUUUCCUUUACCGACCUCGCCUUCAACAUCAUCUCCCUUUUCGUCUCCCCCUCCGAAAUCCCCUCGGAGGACCUCAAGGAUAUUAUCAACAGGAGUUACGCAACCUUUCGUGCCGACGAAGUCACACCACUGGUGAACCUCCAAGGUGAUGUUCAUCUUCUCGAGCUUUUCCACGGCCCAACCUUUGCUUUCAAGGAUGUGGCCCUCCAGUUCCUCGGAAACCUCUUCGAGUAUUUCUUGGUGCGCAGAAACGAGGGAAAGACCGGCCGUGACAGAUACCACUUGACCGUGGUGGGUGCCACGAGCGGUGAUACUGGCUCGGCUGCCAUUUACGGUCUCAGGGGGAAGAAGGACGUCUCGGUUUUCAUGCUCCACCCCAAGGGGCGCGUGAGCCCCGUCCAGGAGCAGCAGAUGACCACGGUGCUGGACGCCAAUGUUCAUAAUCUGGCUGUCACUGGCAACUUUGACAACUGCCAGGACAUCGUCAAGGCUCUUUUUGCCGACCCUGAGAUCAACUCGACCCACAAGCUCGGCGCCGUCAACAGCAUCAACUGGGCUCGUAUUCUCGCCCAAACUGUCUACUACUUUCACGCCUAUUUCUCCCUCCUCCGCCAGCAACCAUCUACCUUCAAGCUCGGCGACAAGGUCCGCUUCGCUGUUCCUUCCGGAAACUUUGGCGACAUUCUCGCUGGUUACUUCGCCCUUCGUAUGGGUCUCCCCGUCGACAAGCUCGUUAUUGCCACCAACGAGAACGAUAUUCUCGACCGCUUUUUCAAGACUGGUCGUUACGAGAAGAAGCCCACCUACGGCUCCAAGGCCGAAGGCGGUCUUGAGCAGGACGGUGUCAAGGCCCACGAGGAUGGCGUGAAGGAAACUCUUUCUCCCGCCAUGGAUAUCCUGGUGUCUUCCAACUUUGAGCGCCUGCUAUGGUUCUUGGCGUAUCAGUUUGCCUCCAGCGCUGGGAUGGACGAUGAGUGGAACAAGAAGCAGGCUGGUCAGGAAGUUUCUUCCUGGCUGUCUGACCUCAAGAACAAGGGUGGUUUCGGGCCGGUAUACAAGGACGUUCUUGAAGCUGCGCGCAAGAACUUUGAGAGUGAAAGGGUCAGCGACCCGGAGACACUCGACACCAUCAAGGCCCUCUACAAGGAAGUUGGCUAUGUUCUUGACCCCCACACGGCAGUCGGCGUGGAGGCUGCGAGAAGGACACAAAAGCGCGCUCUUGCGGAAGAAGGUGCCGCAAAGCACAUCAUCUCUCUCUCAACAGCCCAUCCGGCCAAGUUUGCCGGCGCGGUUGAGCUGGCGCUCAAGGAGGAGCCAGAGUUUAACUUCCAGGAGAAUGUCCUCCCACCUGAAUUCGUUGGGCUGGACAAGAAGGAGAAGAGAGUCAGUGAUGUGGCGAACGAUUGGAAGGCUGUACGAGAUGUCGUCAGGCAACAAGUGGAGGAGGAGUUCAAGGCCCUGGGUUACUAAGAUGUGGAUUUUGUAUGUGGUUUGAAUGAGUGGAAUUCAAGGGGAGCUUUUUGGUUUUUCUUCUUGUGUAUAUGACGAGGGCAGUCACAGAUCAGGGGGUGAUUGUCUGGCUUUAUUCCCCGUGUCUGGUUCAGAUGUUCAGGACGAACGUUGAGCAUAGCAGAUUUGAAAGCAUGCAUGGCGAGUGGGUAGAAUUAUGGGAUCAAAAUUACAUAUAGAUUCUGAUACGAGAUCCUAAUAUGAAAGAUCAAGGGGACUGCAAAGUGAUGAAGAAUGAUUAAUGACUGCGGAGACCAGACACUAAAAGAUUCAUCACGUCUGCAGCAAAGGGUAAAGACAUCACUGAA